UUCUUUUUCCUCGGCAGCAGGUCGUUUUUUGUUCUCAAUCGGUUUCCAUUUCCAGCAAGCGAGGGAGACGGGAGCCAUUAGCGUGAACAUUAACGGCAUAGGUUGCUAGCUAGCUGGCCCGAAUUACAAAUUCUCGUGUCGUAUGAGAAAUCACCGUGGAUCAUUUACAAAGAGGAGUCUAUACGACCUAGCAGAAACACCGAUUUCUUUCAUUUCCCCCCGUUUUCUUAAGACCGAGAAGGAGAAAGAAUAAAAACACAAAAUGGAGAACGAGAGCAAAUAUCUCCCAGAACUACUGGCUGAAAAGGAUAGCCUGGAUUCGUCGUUCACUCACGCGAUGAAACUUUUAUCUGCAGAGAUUGAGAGGAUUCAGAAAGGAGAGUCAAAGAAGGAGGAGGACGACACUUACCUGGACCUCUUCACCAUGAAGAACAUCAAAGUGAAGGAAAGGGUGCUGAUUCCUGUCAAGCAGUACCCAAAGUUCAACUUCGUGGGCAAAAUUCUGGGACCCCAGGGAAACACGAUCAAGCGGUUGCAAGAGGAGACCGGAGCCAAGAUCUCGGUCCUGGGGAAAGGAUCAAUGCGCGACAAGGCCAAGGAGGAGGAGCUGAGGAAAGGAGGUGAGCCCAAAUACGCCCACCUGUCCAUGGACCUGCACGUCUUCAUCGAGGUGUUCGCCCCCAUCCCGGAGGCCUACCUGCGCAUGGCCCACGCCAUGGAGGAGGUCAAGAAGUUCCUCAUCCCUCAGGACAUGAUGGACGACAUCUGCCAGGAGCAGUUCAUGGAGAUGAGCUACCUGAACGGCGGCCAGGAGGGCGGGGCCCGGGGCCGCGGAGGGCCCCCAGGCAGGGGCCGUGGGGCACCCCCACCUCCCUCACCUGUUGCCAGGGGUAGAGGAAUGCCUCCUCGAGGAGGCGCCCCGCGGGGCGGCCCGGCGAGGGGAGGGGUGUCCCGGGGAGGGCCUGCUGGCCGAGGCGUACCCCCGUCCCAGCCCGCCAGAGGGGGCGGAGCCAGCAGGUCCAGGCCCCCGGCGCCGGGCGCUCAGAGGAUGCUGCCCCCCCCGGCCCACUCGCACGCCCACCAGCACCAGCACCAGCACCAACACCAGCAGCACCACCAGCAGCAGCACCAACACCCGCUCACACACCAGCACCAACACCAGCACCAGCAGCCCCACGCGCCUGUGCCUGAGCCCUACGAGGAAUACGGCUACGAGGAGAGCUAUACCGAGCCCGCGUACGAGAGCUACGAGAACUACUACAACCCCGCCCCUCAGGCAGACACGGAAUACUAUGACUACGGGCACGGGGAAGCGCAGGAGGGCUACGAGUCUUAUGCUCAAGACGACUGGAACGGGACGCGCGUGCCCAGCGGAGGAAAGGCCCCCCCCACCCGGCAAGCCAAACCAGGGUACAGGGAUCACCCGUACGGAAGAUACUGAACCCGGCCCGGCGCGGGCGGCGCAGACGCCUGUGUGUUGCCCCGGCAACCGUCUGUCCCCCCCCCCCACCACAGUUCUUGCUUUUAACAUCCAGACAAAGUAAUUGUCCAUUAGUUUUGUGUUUCGUUUAGAUUUUUCUUUUUUUUGUUUGUUUUUUUUGUUUGAUUUAGAUUUUUUUUUUUUUUUUACUCUGGACUUUUUUCCCCCCCAAUUAUUUUAAAAUUGGCUUCUGUAUGCUGAAAACUUCAGGCAUUUUAGGCAACACAGUUUGUUCACAUGCUUUUAUUUUAAAUUUUGUUUUUGUCCUUCCCGCUUUAUCGCACUGUUGACAGUUUAAAAUGUUAUUUUUUUAAAUGGCUGGUUUAAAAAAGAAAGAAAAAAGAAAAAAAAAAUCAGUUUCAAAAUGUGGAAAAAAAUAUCCUUGAUAGACUGUAUAGUUUAACAUCCUGUUAGUUUUGAAAGUUAAUUUGUGUUGCUUUAAAAAUGAUUCCGAUAAGUGGCAGUUGCAGAUUCCCAUUUAGGCUACAUUUCAAAAUUCUGUUCAGUAUUCAAAGAAAUUAAACCUUUAAUGUAAUCUUCAUGUAAUAUAGGCAACUAACUCUGAAGAAUGGGGGGGAGGGAUUGUCGGCACCUUUCUGUAUAAAAUUAACUAGAAUUAAAACUGCUUUUUUAAUUUAAUUUCACAAUAUUUUUGAUUGACAUAGAGUUUUGAAAUAUAGCCCAACUAGACACUGUUGAGAUGAUCCUUUAUCGUAUUCAGAGCUUUUGAUUGGCCGAUUCUUUUCCCAGUCCUCCAAUUGUAGACGGCCCUGGAGUCUUGGAGUGCCAGAGAUAUUGGGUUUAAUGAAGGCAAGUGACCCUGUGCUAUAGCUAGCUAGUCUGGCUAUUCACCCUUCUGACUCUGGGAUAUUUUGGCUCAGAAUUGAUGAUCCAUUUCAUUGGCUGUCAAGCUGGGAUAGAAUGAAAACGCGAAAUGUCCCUUGCUCUCCUGGAACGGGUUCUGAUUCCAGGCCUUAUGCCAUUGCAAAUGGGUGGCAGUCAAUUGCAUAUUGCUGUCGGCCACAACUGAUUUACCCUGGUCUGAGAAGGAUUUGGGACUACAUCUCUACAGGGUCUUUUUGUAAAGAGGGACACUGCAGCUAAACCCAGUACUUUGUACAUACUUAAAACUUCAAAUAACUGUACGUUGCCAUUUUAAAGCUGUACCUUCUCCAUAAAAAAAAAAAAUGCUAGUGCAACUUGUGUAAGCUUGCCUAAAUAGGUAACUAAAUAUCUGUCCAAAAAUGUUUUGCAGCAGUUUGUCAAUAAAGCCUAGUUUUUUUUCUAUCAAAAUAAACCUGGUAUAUUUUCUUUGUUUCUGUUAUCCAUAAAAUAAUGCAAUACUGCCAUUUUAAAUAACAUUUAAAUAACUCAAUUACACCCUCAGUCCUAAGUUUCCCAGGGUCUUCAAAGCAGUUAAAUCUUAAUGAUUGCAUGUAGAACGAAGACACAAAAAGAGCAAAGGAGGAUGUUGAGCUGACUGCUCUGAAUCACAAGAGCUUAUUCUUAUCUUUCUCUUUCUUUAUUAAAAAAGGACCUAGAGGUAAGACCUUCUACGUCACCUUUAAAAUAAACCUGAUAGCUUCUAUAAUAACCAAGGUAAUGGAUUUCCAAAUAUCUACAUUUUAAGAUUUUCGAGAAUGCUUUAAUGCUUUGGUUUGUAUUACUUCUUGUUUUUGUUUUAUUUUUGGUUUUAAAAAAAAAAAAAAGAAGAAAAAAAAGAAACAAUCCCAACGUUAAAUGACUGUGAUCUUACUUCGUAAUGAAAUGCAUUUGUUAGUCUUUUCUGAAAUAACUGAACUUCGGCAACCAUUCAGGUUUAGCCAGCAGGGCUCGUACUUGACGUUGUGAUGAAAAGUCACGUUUGCCGACUGGUUUUAUUAAAGUUGCUACCGUGCAGACGAGAGGAUAAACCUAGAGCACGCCACAAAAGAAGGUAGUAACUAAUGAAUUGUCUGAAUCUCUGGAACUGGAAUAAGAACUCUGCUUCCCUUUCUCAGGUCUGAAGGGAAGAGGUUUGGAGGGAGCGGUUCCAGUGGUUGCCGAGUGAGGCCCCUCUAGACUGAACCUCCAGCAGUCCACGGGAGGUGUUCCUCAAAUGGGGAGCAGGGUUAUUGGCCCCUGAGGUUGUGCUCUGAUUGGCUGUCUCCAGCCCAUUCUGCAGUCUGAUUGGCUCUGGCCGUAAAUCCGUCUGGCUAGCCCUGCUGCUUCUCUGUUUGGAAACAUCCUUGAGUCUGUCGCCCUGAUCGUUUCAGCCCAGAGCUUUAGAAAGAGUUGUAUCAACUCAGUUUGCUCCAACGGAGCCAUUUUUAACGCAGUGGCGUGCCGUGGGGGGGGUCUCGGUAGUUCCAAACAUCGGGAGCUAGCAGUGGCUGAGAGCAGCGGUGUUUCUCACCGUCUGUGAUGCGCUUUUCAAAGGCCAAAGGAGGUAGAAAUCCAACGGCAUUUUAUAAUCCUUUAUUAGCACAUUUGACUCAUGAACAAUGUGCUAAAGCCCAUGAGCUCAUUACUUUCCACCUAAUUAAUGGACUUAGCAAAUGUUAACGACGUUAGCUUUGAUAAUGGAUAAAGUUAGCAACACAGCACAUCGAUAUUGCACAUCAUUGCUCUAAAUUAGAGACUGAGACAGCUGACCGUGUUUAAGGGGGAAGAUGAUACUCGUUAAAUAUCAUUGGAACGUGUGAUUUUUUUGGUCUGGUGAGAGGGUAGUAACCGUUCCCCCUCCCGUGGGAGAGCCGGUGCACAUUCCCCUCCCCUGUGUGUGAAUACAUUUCAAUAAAUCAUCCGAUGAAAAGA